AUAAAAGUCGGGGAUGAUGGUUAUAUCGAGUAUAGUUUAACAAAAGUUAACUUAGCUAAAACAACAAAUCAUCAAAAUGUUCAAAUUGUCCGUUUUCGUUGCCCUCUGCGCCUUGGUGUGCUCUGCUUAUGCCAAACCCGCUUUGGUGGCAGCCGCUGUACCCGCUGGUGUUGUGACCGCCACCAGUUCCCAGUACAUUGCUCGUAAUUACAAUGGAAUAGCUGCUGCUCCAGUUGUAGCUGCCGCUUAUACUGCCCCAGUGGCUGCCGCCUAUACUGCUCCUGUGGCCGCCGCCUAUACUGCUCCUGUAGCUGCUGCCUAUAGCGCUCCUGUAGCCGCCGCCUAUAGCGCUCCUGUAGCCGCCGCCUAUACCGCUCCUUAUGCCGCUGCCUACACAGCUCCCUAUGCCGCUGCCUACACAGCUCCCUAUGCUGCCGCUUAUGCUGCUCCUUAUACUGCUGCCUACACCACCGUAUUGUAAAAACGGACUCAACGCCUUGGCUGGAAUUCUUUUAACAUGGACUUUUUGUGAUUUGUCUUCUUCUUCUUCUUCUUACAUAAUAGCAAAGCAAAAACUUUAUUUUUAAAAGCUUUUUUGUUGGAUUAUAUGUUGCAAUUGAAAUUUAGUUUUUAAAUUAUAAUUGCAUCAUUUUUAUUUUUGUAUUUUUUUAAUAAGA